AUGGCGACUGAAAAGAGUAUGAGCCACAAAGGCAUGAUGGUGGACAACACGCUUGCCCAAGUGGGGAAGAACCUGACCGAAGCCAUGAGGAUCCUGGGAGACGGGCAAAUAGAGUCGGAGGCAGGAGCGGACAGACGGCGUUUCAGCCGAACAAGCAUCCCCGGACCCCUUCAGGGAGAUGGUCAGGAUGUUGCCACUAUACUGCAUCUUGUUCACAACCUCAUUCAUGAAGAGGAGGAGGAGAUGGAGGAAGAGGACAAGUUCAACCGACAGAUGCAGUGCGUCGGCGAGCAGAGCCACAUGGCGCUGCUGGGCCACAGCCUGGCCGCUUACAUCUCCGUGCUGGACAGAGAGCGGCUGCGCAGGCUGACCACGCGGAUCGUGUCCGACACCACGCUGUGGCUCUGCAGGAUCUUCAGAUACGAGAGCGGCUCUGCCUGUUUCCAUGAGGACGACCGGGACGGCCUGGUCAAAGUGUGCCGGCUGGUCAUCAACGCUCGCUACGAGGAUUACGCCACCGAGGGCUACGGCGUCCUGAGCUCCAGACAGCCGGUCAUCUACCACAGCGCCUCCUGCAGGCCCGGUCUGGGCCAGUACCUCUGCGGCCAGCUCGGCUUGCCUCUCUCCAGUUUGUGCACGGUGCCGUGCAACACCAUCUUCGGGUCCCAGCACCAAAUGGACGUAGCCCUGUUGGACAAACUGAUCAAAGAGGACGUGGAAGCUGGAAAGCUUCCCCUGCUGUUGAUCGCCAAUGCAGGUACCCCGGGAGCCGGCCAUACUGACAAGUUAAGCCGUCUGAAGGAGCUGUGUGACCAGUACAGCUUAUGGCUUCAUGUUGAGGGGGUCAACCUUGCAACCCUGGCACUAGGUCAGGUCACCUCUGCUAUCACGGCUGCCACCAAAAGUGACAGCAUGACGCUGACUCCGGGCCAGUGGCUGGGGCUGCCAGCUGUCACCGCCGUCACCCUCUACAGGCACGAAGACCCCGCGCUGUCUCUGGCAGCAGGGCUGACCUCCAGUCAGCCGGUGGAAAAGCUGCGAGCGCUACCUCUCUGGCUCUCCCUGCAGUAUCUGGGUCACAAUGGAAUCGUUCAGAAGAUCAGACACUCCACGGCUUUAAGUCAGCUGCUCCUGCAGAAGUUAAAAUCCCUGGCCUCCAUCAAAACAUCGGUGGAAGAUGAGCUCAACUCUCCCGUGGUGCUGUUCAAGUUCUCCCAAGAAACCAGUGCUGAAUCGAGUGGGGGUUCACUGGACGGCUUCUGUGCUGGAGAGAAAGAGGUGCUUAAUACCUUCAACAGAUGGCUUGGUGAGCAGCUGGCCCAGCUGGUGCCCAGCAGUGGAGUGGACGUGGUGGAGCUUGACGACGAGGGGACUUGUAUCCGCUUCAGCCCCCUUCUGACGGCCGCGGGUCUGGGCACACAGGAGGAGGACGUGGAGGACAUGGUUGAGAAGCUCUUCGAGCUGGUGCCUCUGAUGACCUCCACCAUUAGCCUGCGGCCGGAUUUCAGAGAGGAGGUCCACCGCCGCUCACCCUCGCUCACAUUCAUAGAGGAGCUCAGCUGGCCUGGUCUGGGAGCCGUCAGGUACGAGCCGCAGGCUGAAGGACUGGAUGAGAGCAGGAGGAAGCAGGAGAUGGAGAAAAUUAACUACGAGCUGCUCAAGAAACUGCAAGACCUGGACACUGACAUCACUUUCUCCACCGGCCCAGAGUUUGUGACGGAGGAGGGCUGCGUGUUCGUGGGGAUGGUGUCUGAAGACGUGGACGUGUACGAGCUGGUUGAAACCAUCGCUGCCAUGGGGAGGGAAAUAGAAGAGAAUGGAAGGCUGAUGGAGAACAUGACGGAGGUGGUGCGGAAAGGCAUCCUGGAAGCAGAGCUGCAGCUCCAAAAGGCCAGUGAGGACAAACUCAUGGAGGAGGGGAUGCUCAGGCAGCUUCCUUUGGUGGGCUCUGUCCUAAACUGGUUCUCUCCUGUUCAAAGCGACAUAAAGGGAAGAACUUUCAACCUGGCUGCAGGUUCCCUGGAUUCUACAGAGGUGACCUACUCCACCAAGGCCCAAGCAGGAAGACCCUCCCUGCAGGAAACUCCGCCCUCUUCUUCAAAGAGAUUACCAGGUCAGAGGCUGUUCCGCCGGCCGGGGGCCAGCUCCGACUCCCUGAGCGAGACCAGCUCCGUCGGCCCGCCCGAGGACGCCGCCGCCACGCCGGGGGCCGGGACCCCCCCGCCCGCCUCCCCAACCACAAACGCCGGCACGCCAGAGGGGAACCCCGCCCCCUCGGAGCAGGAAGCAGAGGAGGAAGAGGAAGAGGAGGAAGAGGAGGAGGAGAGGCAGCCCGAAGGACAAGAGGCCGGGAGAUAG